AUGACCUCCAAGGUGAUCAUCAAUCAACCUCAGCAUGUGAUGGAUAAAAAAGAGUCUGAUCAGUGGGAGUCCGGGAUCUGUGACUGCUGUGACGACGUGCCUCAGUGUUGUUUUGCUUUCUGGUGUUUUCCCUGCUUCACCUGUAAAACUUCCAGAGAGUACGGUCAGCCCCUCUGUCUCCCCCUGCUGGAGUUUCUUUUUGGGGGCCUCAUCGGGCCCAUCAGCAUGUCCAUGAGGGUCUCCAUGAGGGAGCGCUACGGCAUCAAAGACACCAUGUGUCGAGACUGCCUGUACUCCACCUUCUGCAUACCCUGCUCCUGGUGCCAGAUGUCCCGAGAGAUCAAGAGGAGGAAAAUACAAGUUCUCCUCGUCAGUGCCAAGAACACAUGACCUCUCUCCUCUGCCCGUCGUCUCCAUGACAACGACCGAGAUGAACCCCCGACCUGCUUCUUCAAAACGAGGUUUAGAAAACGAUUGAUCGAGCGACUCACAGAACAGGCAGACAUGUUCGGGUUAAAAGAUAACAAAUAUUUAUAAAAACCUUUUAUUCCUACUUUUCACCUGUCCCACUAAACGCUGUCUUUCACAAAUCAUUCUCACUUUCUUACAUGUAAUCUGUAAAGAGUCCUAACAGCUUCUGAUUCAUUUUCAGUUUAACUAGAAGACUUCUGUUCGACUGUUUCCUGAUAAAGAUUCAAAAGCAAAAAGUCCUGACUUAUUAAAACUUAUUUUUUACACCUAGUGUUGUAGUCGAGACCACACUAACCGAGACCAAG